UGGGUGAACCGCAGCGCGUGAUGACGCAGCCCGGUGACUCAAAGCCGCCUAUGGUGGUGGCGGGCGUUGACCCCACCGGCGCUGGCUCUCACGUGAGCUCCACGGCUCGCCCGUCGCUCGCCGGUGAGCCCGUAGCGGUCGUCGCAACUGUCAAGCCCUGCGUCGGGUCGGCACCCGCGCCACAGACCACCAAUGACGUCAAGACUCCGCCGGUUGAGUCAAAGAAGCGACCGGUACCGACAGCCGCGAGCGAUUCCAGCAACGGUGACGGCCAGCCCGAGCCGCGCAAGGCGGCUCGCACGCUCUUUCCAGCGGAGGACUUCGAGGCGGCCAAGACCAAGAUCGCUGAGCAGGCCGCCACCAUCGCCGACUUGGAGUCGUCACUUUCUCUCGAGACUGGCAUGCACCAGGUGGCGGCGGGCAAGGUUGCGGGUCUCGAGGCGCAGAUCGGCGCGAUGAGCGUGUACGAGGGCAGUCUGCUGAGGGAGAAGAACGGCAUUGCAGUCGAGCUCGGGACCGUCAAGGAGAAGCUGCGGCGGGUCGAGAACGAAAAGAAGGGUAUCCGCGAGGCGCAACACAAGUUGUUCCAAGCGCGUGACAAGGAGCGCGAGCUGGUCCUGAAGGAGGUGCGCUGGCUGGAGAUCCUCGCGGCCGACAUCCUGAAGGAGAGCGUGCCGCGCAGCGUCCUGGACAACUCGAUCUGGGCCAUCAUUGCACGCUUCAAGUCACUGCAGACGCGCGCACAGGCCGAGAUGGCGACCGCUCGCGCUCGGGCUGCCUCGCAAGUCAUUGUUUUGCAGUAGAAGUGUAGCGUUCUGCAUUGCGUAUUGGAGUAGGCGGGCCCCAUGACAGAGACUGCUCUCGAGGUUGUGUCAUGUUUGCUGCUGUAUGCAUCAUCAAAUUACAUUUUCUAUCAAGGUUCACAUUCUUUGCG